CCUGGCUGAAGGGGAGAGAAGCAGCUUUACUUCCUAAAAGCCCAGAGAGAGAGAAAACCAAGGCCAGGGGAUCCGACCUGGCCAGGCCCCACGUGGCCACAGAAAGAGACCAGAGAUGACGCCCUGGAUCCCUGCUCUGCAGAGUGUAGGAGGGCAGGACUCACUCCAUGGAUCCCUCACGAUUUCUGUUGGUAGCAGAAAGACCUCCCAAUGCAAGGCUCUGAGUGCAAGGCCUGUGACCCACCCUCGGAUGGCAGCCCCCAUUCCCUCCCGGUGUCCCUAAAAGCCGGCAGUCAUGCCCUCUUCUCUGCCAUGGCUGAGGAACAGGAGGUUUGUCCUGUGCCAGAGCUGGAAGAGGCUCAUAGCAGUACCGAGGACCUCCUCUCAAUAGACGUGGCUCUCCAAGGCACAGAAUACUACAGGGACCUGGGCUAUGUCCCGUCUGUGGAGAUGACAUCAUGGGUCCCUCCGGCCUCCCGGUCACAGGAGAAGCUGCCCGGGGAACUUGUAGUCCCACAACUCCUGGAGCCCGGCUACUUCCUUCAGAGCCCCCACGGCCUCCGCCCUGGGGACCAAGGAGCUGAGCCCUUUCCCAUGUUGGCCCGUUCCGUGACCACAUCUCGGAGACACAGCUGGGAGAGGCCUCUGUCUCCCUUAGACGAAAGGAGACUCAGCCUUGACAUCUCUGACAUGGGCAGUGAUGAGGAGCGGAGUUUGCCCAGAACAUUUGCCAGUCACUCCUUGAAUCUGCCUGGAGGAGGCUUGCAGGCCUGGGCAGAGAGGACUGGUCACCGAGCAGCCAUCAAGGGGAGAGCCUCACUUGAGCUGCCCUACAUAUCAGUGGAAGAGGCAAGGAGUGACACAGUGGAACAGCAGGAAUGUGACAGCUCAUGGAAGAGGCUCAGGUCAAGGUCUGUUCCUCAAGCUGAUGAUAUGGUUUCUCUCUCAAGAAUCUCUGAGAACCUGGAGAUUUCCAUCCUGCUGCCCAAGGUAUUGAACCCCCUGUGUUGGAAAGAGCUGAAAAAGACCACGUCUCCCCGAUCAUGUCUUGAUUGUCCAGCAAGUCCUUCAGGAGCUCAAGCAGUUUCAUGGAGUGAGUAUGAAAGUAUUCUCGAGUCCCUCAGACUUCGGGCUAGUGCCCUGCUGGGCUCCUCCAGGGAGACGCCCUCAGAAUUUGGAGACCAGCCCAUCCUUCACAGUCCAGCUCAGCUCUCCAGUCUCACCUCCUCCAUGAAGCCCUCCCAGGAUUACUCCAUCCUCGGCAGUUGUCUUCCUAAUACCUACUGGUAUUAA